UCUGCAUAUCGUUCGUUUACGUAGUGUUCACGUUUUGUUCUGACAACUCCUCACAGUUUUCGAAACAACAUUACUCCUUAUUUUAGAAGGCUCGGGUGAAGCAUAACGAGGAGACCAUCCCUCAGAGGUCUCACGCAACCAUGCUGGCAAUACUUCUGUUGACGUAUUAAGACUUCCUUUGGCAUCAGAAAAGUGAAGUUCAACAAGGAAAGACCCAUACAGUCUUUGGAAGAAUGGAAGAUGAUGCUUCUUUACACAGGUUGGAGGGGAGUGACCCUGGUGCCCAGGUUGGGGGACUGAUAGUGAAAAAGAAGAGCGCUGCAGCUGAGCAGCAUAUAUUUCGUGCGCCCACCCCGCGCACUUCUCUCCUUGGCCUGGAUCUUUUGGCAGCACAGAAACGCAAGGAACGAGAGGGCAAUGACAACACAGACGUUGACAGUAAGGACAAAAAGAACAAAAAGUCCAAAGUGUCAUCAUACAAGGACUGGGAGGAGGGGAAAAGUGACUCAGGAUCUGAUGAUGAAGAAAACGAGGAGGAGAGUAGGAGCAGCAAAAAGGAGAGAAAAUACCGUGUGACUGGCUCCGAGACUCCGUCCAACCCUGGAGGAGUCAGUGAAGAGUUCCGUCGAAGACACCAGCAGAGGGAAAGAGAUCGUCGGGAGCACGGUGUCUAUGCAUCUUCCAAAGAAGACAAGCACCAUGAAAAGGACAGAGAGAAGACCAGAGACAGGGAUAGAGAGCGUCGAAGUGAAAGAGAUGAACGGGAACGCGGCCGUAGCCGUGGCUCUAGCAGCAGUCGCUCUGUGCGUGCUGAUGAGAGGAGUGAACGGUCUCAGAGAGACGGCUGGUCUGAGCGCAUCAGCCGGGGAAACCGCAGGGAAGAGCCUGAAACUCCACGACAUCGUCCAAGAGAUGCUCCUACUCCUUCUCGGUCCAGCUGGGAUGAGGACGAUAGCGGCUAUGCCAGCUCACGCAGGUCCCACUGGGAAAGUCCCUCUCCUGCGCCCUCUCAUCGGGAGUCAGACAGGUCAGAGCGUAGCUAUCGCUCUGUACGGGACAGUGAGAGGAGGGACAGGUCAGUGAGGGCCCGUUAUCCUGAGGAUACUCCUCUGCCCACACCCUCAUACAAGUACAACGAAUGGGCCAAUGACAGGAAACAUUUGGGUUCCACCCCACGUCUGUCCCGUGGAAAAGGUAGGAAGGAGGAAGGAGAAGAUGGAAUCACUUUUGAUAAUGAGGAUGAGAAGCAACAGUGGGAAGAAGACCAGAGGCAAGCGGACAGAGAUUGGUACAUGAUGGAUGAAGGCUACGAUGAGUUCCAUAACCCACUGACCUCCAGCUCAGGCGAGUAUGUGAAGAAGAGGGAGCAGAUCCUGCAGAAGCAGGCACAGAAACGGAUAUCCGCACAGAAACGGCAAAUCAACGAGGAUAAUGAGCGUUGGGAGACAAACCGUAUGCUGACUAGUGGAGUGGUACAGAGGUUAGAAGUGGAUGAAGACUUUGAGGAAGAUAAUGCUGCUAAGGUUCAUUUGCUGGUCCACAAUCUAGUGCCCCCAUUCCUAGACGGCAGGAUUGUCUUCACCAAGCAGCCUGAGCCUGUCAUACCUGUGAAAGAUGCCACCUCAGACAUGGCCAUUAUCUCCCGCAAGGGCAGUCAGCUGGUCCGCAAACACAGGGAACAAAAGGAACGAAAGAAGGCACAGCACAAACAUUGGGAGUUGGCAGGAACCAAACUGGGUGACAUUAUGGGCAUUAAGAAGACAGAGGAAGAUGGUGGUGAGGCCAAGCCUGUAGGAGAGGACGGUGCUGUUGACUACAGGACAGAGCAGAAGUUUGCGGACCACAUGAAGGAGAAGAGUGAGGCGAGCAGUGAGUUUGCGAAGAAGAAGUCAUUGUUGGAGCAGAGACAGUACCUACCCAUUUUUGCUGUGAGACAGCAGCUGCUUAACAUUAUCAGGGAUAACAAUAUUGUGAUUGUGGUGGGGGAGACUGGCAGUGGGAAGACGACCCAGCUGACACAGUAUCUCCAUGAGGAUGGUUACACCAGCUAUGGCAUGGUGGGCUGCACACAGCCUCGUCGAGUUGCCGCCAUGAGCGUGGCCAAGAGAGUCAGCGAGGAGAUGGGCAGCAACCUGGGAGAGGAGGUUGGUUAUGCUAUCCGCUUUGAGGACUGCACCUCUGAGAAGACCAUGAUAAAGUACAUGACUGACGGCAUUCUGCUGAGGGAGUCUUUACGCGAGUCUGACUUGGACCAUUACAGCGCUGUCAUUAUGGACGAGGCUCAUGAACGCUCCCUUAACACUGAUGUGCUCUUUGGCCUGCUCAGAGAGGUUGUGUCCCGACGCUCAGACUUGAAGCUCAUCGUCACAUCUGCUACAAUGGACUCAGACAAAUUUGCAGCGUUCUUUGGAAACGUCCCCAUUUUCCACAUUCCGGGACGAACAUUCCCUGUAGAUAUAUUGUUUAGCAAGACUCCACAGGAGGACUAUGUGGAGGCAGCUGUCAAACAGGCUCUGCAGAUCCACCUGAGUGGAAUGGUGGGAGAUAUCCUCAUCUUCAUGCCUGGACAGGAGGACAUCGAGGUGACCUCUGAUCAGAUAGUGGAACGUUUGGAAGAUCUGGAGAAUGCUCCUGCCCUGGCAGUGUUACCUAUUUAUUCCCAGCUGCCCUCUGACCUGCAGGCCAAGAUCUUUCAGAAGGCUCCAGAUGGUGUGAGGAAGUGCAUCGUUGCCACCAACAUUGCAGAGACUUCACUGACUGUUGACGGCAUCAUGUUUGUUAUAGAUUCGGGCUACUGUAAGCUUAAGGUGUUCAAUCCACGAAUCGGCAUGGACGCCCUGCAGGUCUAUCCAAUCAGCCAAGCUAAUGCUAACCAGCGUUCAGGCAGGGCCGGAAGAACAGGACCAGGGCAGUGCUACAGACUGUACACUCAGAGUGCCUUCAAGAAUGAGAUGCUGACCACCACUAUCCCAGAAAUCCAGCGCACAAACCUGGCCAAUGUGGUGCUCCUGCUCAAGUCUCUGGGGGUGCAGGAUCUGCUGCUCUUCCAUUUCAUGGACCCCCCACCGGAGGACAACAUGCUCAACUCCAUGUACCAGCUGUGGAUCCUUGGAGCAUUGGACAACACAGGCGCUCUGACCACCACUGGGCGACUUAUGGUGGAAUUUCCGUUGGACCCUGCUCUGUCAAAGAUGCUCAUCGUGUCAUGUGAUAUGGGCUGCAGUGCUGACAUCCUCAUCAUAGUGUCCAUGUUGUCUGUGCCGAGCAUUUUCUACAGACCUAAGGGGCGUGAGGAGGAGAGUGACCAGGUGAGGGAGAAGUUUGCCGUUCCUGAGAGUGAUCAUCUGACCUAUCUGAAUGUCUAUCUGCAGUGGAAGAACAACAACUACUCUAGCAUCUGGUGUAAUGAACACUUCAUCCACACUAAAGCUAUGCGCAAGGUACGAGAGGUCAGGGCUCAACUCAAAGACAUCAUGGUGCAGCAGAGAAUGAAUCUGAUCUCCUGUGGUUCGGACUGGGAUGUGAUAAGGAAGUGCAUUUGUGCUGCUUAUUUCCACCAGGCUGCCAAACUGAAGGGCAUAGGAGAGUAUGUGAAUGUGAGGACUGGAAUGCCAUGUCACCUCCACCCCACCAGUGCUCUGUUCGGAAUGGGCUACACCCCAGACUACAUCAUCUACCACGAGCUUGUCAUGACCACUAAGGAGUACAUGCAGUGUGUGACUGCAGUUGAUGGAGAAUGGUUGGCAGAAUUGGGUCCUAUGUUCUACAGUAUAAAGCAUGCAGGGAAGAGCAGACAGGAGAACCGUCGGAGGGCUAAAGAGGAGAUCUCUAACAUGGAAGAGGAGAUGUCCCUGGCAGAGGAGCAGCUGCGUGCUCGUAAAGAAGAGCAAGAGAGGAAGAACAACCUGGGUAGCGUUAGGGCGCUAAAAAUCUGCACCCCAGGCAGAAGGGAAGAUGUGCCCAUGACGCCGAAGAGGACCCCGGCACGGUUUGGCCUUUAAACGAACGAUUUAAUUACAUCAGCGCCUCAUCAACUGUCUCUCUAACAGCUCAUCAUUAACAGAAUAUUUCAGCGAUAAAUGGGAAGCAGGCGAUUCUCAGAAAAGUGACAAUAAGAAUGUCCUGCAGUUCUGCAUAUCGUCCAGCAGUGGGAGCACUUGUAUAAGCUGAAGAUUUUCAGCUAUUGUGCCCUUCCCUCUCAGUGGAUGACAUUGUAUUCUGGCAGUGGUGUGUGGACUGACAAAGCCUGUGAGAUGAUGGGGUUUUCUUUCUUUUUCUUUUUCUUUUUUUUUUUCUUUAAAGAUCCUUACUUUUUUGCAUCUGGUCAUAUGUUUUGCUUUGGAUAUUUCAACUGAACUGAAAUAUGUGAGUUCAUGGUUUAUGAAAAAUGGUAGUUUUUAUUUCUUUUUGUAGCUUUCAUUAAUACUGCAGUCUGUAUUUUAAUCUCUGUACAGUUUCUGUCAAGUGUCGAUGUUAUUUGUCAAUGCUGAAUCAUAUGCUUAAGGUAUUUUAUAAUACUGUUCAAAUAUGUCAGUCAAGCAG